AUGACUUCCAUUACCACCGGACCUCCUCCUGCCCCAGCGUGGUAUCGCCGUCUACCGAAGCCGCCGAAUGAGCAUAACCCUUCAUUGCACCGCGCCUCGUUGCUAUCGCAACACCAUAUCUUUCGCGAUCGGCCUGCUAAUUAUGAUGCAGGAGAAGAUUGUUCUCGAAGGACUCCAUCAUCAGUUGCAGAGAGACUUCCUCCCAUAGAUGGAACCGAUGUGGUAGAUCGCAGACCCAAAUCAAAUGCCAGUUCUAGAUCUGCUUCGCCCUCCAAACGUGCUGGCUCUUUGGAUAUGGCAGAUGACAAACCUCAAUCCGAGGCAACAGCCAACGGACCUAAUACCAGAGAACAUUUAUGCUUGUGUCCAUCGGAGCCAAAGAUCCCAAGACCACGGAACUCGUUCAUGUUGUUCCGCCAGCAUCGACAGUCCAGCAUUAUGGCACAAAAUCCAGGACUGCCUAUUCCGGACGUGUCAAAGAUUAUUGGUGAACAAUGGAGAGGUCUGUCGUCGGAGGCUAAAGAGGAAUGGAAUAUGCUUGCGGAAGAAGAGAAAGCCCGUCAUCAGCAACAGUAUCCCGGCUAUCGUUAUCAACCUCGUCGGAACGGCAAAGUCAGCAAUCAACCCUCGAUAUCUGGUCCUUCUGCCGCUGAGCCACAAGAUCCUUGCAGCAAGUGCGGUGGUAAACCAAUGAGUUACUACAACAAUUUGAGUCCUUUAUAUACUCCACCAACUUCUACCGAGCAGCAAGCCAUGGCGAUACAGGUUCCGGCGAAGCGCAGCUACGUCGUUAGCAACCCACCUCCUCAACGAAUGCCACCAGCAUCCCCUCAGCAUAUCGGCCAACAGAAAGCAUUUGUCGAAGCCUAUCCCUACCAGCGAGUCGACCCUCGAUUGGUCUAUGCGGUGCCAACGGCUCAGCCACUCCCAACUCCCCCAUCUUCAGACACACAGGAUGCAAAGAGAAGGCGCUUCAACAGCAAUGGUGUUUAUAUUCCCGCUCGAGAAUCAUAUCACGAAGCACAGUAUGGUUAUGCUCAAUCACCGGUCCACCACAGCGCAUACAGCCGUCCUGAGGUUGUGCAGGUGCACCCAUCACAGGUACCUCUUCAGCAUGUCCAACAAGUAGCGAAACCUACCAUCGUCUCUCCUCCACGAGCAGUAUAUCCUCGCCCUCCGCAGCUUCAGCCUGUUCGACCGCCUCAUCCACAUCAACGAACAAGAUCGAGUAUUGCUUUGCCACCAAUUGAAACGAUGGUAUCUCAGACGCCGAUAAAAUCACCAUCCGUCCACUCUCAAGGUUCCGGAGUUGAAGCAAUGAUCAUGUCCAUUCCAGUCCUCAACAAAAUCAAGGUUCUUUCUCAGAUAUCUGCUCCUUUGCCUCCUCCGGGUCCACUCUCUCCGAAGCCCGAAGUCCGUGGUGCCAUCAUAGCGAUUGAAGGCAUGGAUCCCGCGACUGUCAAUAGCAUGAUGAAUUCGCUAGCGGAACAACUUGAAAAAGAAGGGAAAUUUGCCGUCAGAAUAUUUGGGGGACCAGUACCAGCACCAUUCCGCACCGAGCGAGACGCGUCCGAUGCGCCAACCCGAACAAUGACCACUGAAAUGUACUUGAGCAUGCUCAGCGAGUGGCACCAAAUCAGCAAGGAAAUGGUUGAGUAUAUCAGUACAAGACCAGGAGAGAUUGAACUAGGUCGUCAUCCUAGACCCAGUUUGUCUUUCUCGUCUCAUGACACCUCGCAAACGAACCCUCGUCAUCUUAUGGAGAAGAGAGAGGAACAUGAGACACCGGAAAAUGGCGUUCAUAGCCUGGAUGGCAAGGCCAACACCGCUCCCAACUCGGUCGUCUUCAGCCCCAAGACCAUGGACAAAGCAGCUGACCUUUCGAUACGAUCUCCCUCAUGCAAAGGUCGCAGCCAAAGCAUACCGGGCACAGGCGGGUCCAGUAUUGGACCAUCGCCAAUCAAAUUUCCACGACCACCAAUCUCAACCCGUAUUCCUCCAGCUCCUGCAACCCCGCCACCUACUACGAAGCCAUCCUCCAGAAUCCCACCACCGCCACCAUCACGGACUCACCAACCAACGUCUGUCGUGUCUGACCCAGACCGAGUACCAUUCCCACGUCUCGGCGGCGGCAGCAGCAACGCAAUCCCCAUCGCCCUCGUGCCACACUUCCAACUGACCACCGUUGAUGCCUCGUCGAUCACCAUGCCCAUCAGCGAUGGCUUCUCACCACCGGGGCACUGGCAGUGGUUUGCCACUCUCUGGCGCGGAAGUAUCGGCCCAGACAUCACGGUUGUGGUCAAGGGUGUCGACGAUGAAAUCGAUGCGGUUGAACCAACAAGCAGGACAUCUGUUGGUGGCGGUGUCGCCAAUACUCCCAUGGCCGCGCGCGAGAGAAAUUCGUCAAGCUCGGCGGCAGGACACUCUGGCGUGGAGAUCAGAUUGAACGACUGUCGUGCCGUUAUCGUCAAGACCGCCAUCAUUGGCAUGUCGACUAGAACAAGGAGCGCAUCUUUGGCUACUGUGGGAGAGGAGAAUGGUGCCGCCGGUGGAUCAGUGGUGACUCAAGGAGAGAAUCACACGUCGGGUUCGAUGUCGGGUCCAGCCAGCGCGGCACAUCAGGCCAAGGAGCUGGAGAAUUGGGAAAAAGCGAAGCGUAGAGUCGGAUUUGAGGUUGAAGAGUUUUUGCGACGAUAG